UUGAAAACGUGCGCGUUUUUUAAAUAGUUUAUUACGGCUGCUGGAUUACUUAUUCGCUUUAUCUGAUGUUAAAGCAGGUGUAGCUGUGUUGUACAUGUCAUUGUGGCCGACUUUGUUUAUUAAUUGUGUGGUGCUGGUGACAGACUGGGCAUUAGUAGAUGAAGAAGGGUCACAACAGAGGGGAAAAUAAUCAAAUAUCAGCACGUAGGUUCACAUACCGAUUAAUUGCUCGGUAGGAUGGAUCAUACAGGUGAAGAUGUUUGUUUUAUAACGGAAGAGACGUUCGACUUCGGCAUAGACUCGCCUUCAGACAGUCGGGAGCUCUGCGACUCCAUCAUGGCCGAGGAAGAGGAGGUUUUUGUGGGCCCUGUACGGCACGUUGAGAGAUGUGUUGCCAAGAGCAUUGACCUCAACGUUCAGGGGGCAAGGGAGAGCCAGAGAGCGGGGGGCUGGGGGAGCAAGGCGGGAGGCGAUGGGGGGCUGCUGAACUGGAGCCCGCUGAGUGCGGAGAAACUGGAGGAGAUCUCCCGCGAGGCCAACCGCCUGGCCAGCCAGCUGGAGAGAACCGUGCUGAAGGAGAACGCCGGGGACAGGUGCCAGGAGUCGCCCCGCGUGCGGGCGCUGAGAGACAGGCAGGAACCGCGCCGGAGCCCGCGCAGGGAGACCUAUAUCGUGAAGGACAGCCCAGUGAAGUCCCUCCUUCCCUCCGUCGUGCCCGAGAGUGGGUGUCCAUCACCGCGCCCGGAUGCUGAAGGGAAGACCCCGGCUGCGAAGCGGAGGAGUAGGCGGACUCCCGGCAGAGCAGCCAGGACAGCGCCAGCUCAGACUGUGGCCUCCCCAGGGCCCGGGGUCCUGCCACGCUGUGAGGGGGGGUCUCCUGCCAUGAGCGUCCCUUCAUCCUCCUGCAGCCUGCAGCCCACCAGUCCCAGCGUCCCGUCCCCAACACAGCAGGCAAAGAGGCACAGCACCCGCUCACCCGCAUUCAUCAGGCUCCCUGCGGGGGACAAACAGCUUCCUCAGUCCGGCACGCCCUCGAGGACGGGCAAAGCGGCAGAUAGCAAGACUGCCAGGCAGACGGUGCCCUCGCCCUUGGCCCAGGACAGUAAGAACUCCCUGAGCAAGUCCAGUGUGAGCUGCCCAUCAUCUGCCAAACCUUCGCCUGGGAGAAAAACAAAGUCCAGCACGCCCUCCCACUCCCUGCCUCACCGUGGCCACCUGCCGCCAGCUCGCCAGGAAAGACUGAAACGCUCAGUGGCAGAUUCAAAGGGUGUAGGCUCCCCUUCCCAGAAGGCCCCUUUGGUGCCUGGAGUGGCUGUCGGCACAGAGAGAAUCACACCCUCAGGGAGAUGCCACAAAUCGGAGUCGACCCGCUCUGACCUCCCCGCCUGCUCUAGAGAGUCCCAGGACACCCGAGGCUCUUGUCAGAAGCUGGGCCAGAAAGGAACGGGUAUUCCUGCACCCACAGCCAGACUGGCAUCUCAAUCCGCCAUACCCAAACCCACCAGCAGGGCGGCCACACUGGGAGGGUGUAAACCAUUGCCAUCUCCCAGCCGUGGUGGCCCUCGUGUAGGGGCACCCCCGCGAAUGGGGUCCCAGUCCCUACACACUGCUGAACAGAAAGGCCUUUCUUCCCGGCCAUCCCAGCUCCCAGCCUAUGUCAGCCGGAGCCGCCUACUCUCGCAGAAGAGUGUCAGGGGCCACAGCAACAGUACUUGUAGAGGACUGUUACUCCAGUGCAAGCAGAGAGGAAGUAUCAGUGUAGUACAGAGAAGCAAGAGCUUAGAGUGUGUCUCGCUGAGUCAGAGGUCACUGGUAGUUCUGCACUGAGGAGAGACCACAAGCUGACUUUCCUGUGUUGUGCUGAGCUGCCUUCUCCCCAUCUCAAGCCUUGGUGGAGCUGGUCUGUAAUGACAGCCAGUAGGCUGGACUGAUGUCUGUGGGUACGAUUCUUGUUUAGGUUCCUGGCCUCUCAGAUGUCUGAGGAUGCAGCUGUAAUGAUUGCAGAGAAUGUGGAUCCUAAACUGGAAGUUUCAGACACUUGAAAGUUGGGGGGAAAAAGACACUCUUUUUAUUCUUAAAGCAGUAAUUCAGAACAGAGGGGAAGUAAUUCUUAGGGGCUUUCCAGAGCCGACAUUUGAAACAUUUGUGUGCAACAUUUUGCUUUUAUUUUGACGCACAGUCUAAAGAAAAGGUCAGCCUUUUCUUUAAAACAUGCUUUUUGAACAAUAUGUAGUUUUACUUUGUAAAUAUAUUGUAAUAUUUUUGUCACUUACCUAUAGUUUUAUACCCUGCUGCUUAAUUUAUCCGAAGUGUUUGAGCCGUUAUAAAAAUGUACAUUUUAGUUUUCUGUUUCUAUGUAAAUAUGUGUGUAUAUAUUUCGCAAUAACACUACAGGGGGUUUCAGAGUUUUACUGUUGCAGUCCCAUGAUGUUCCCAGAUCCUCAUCUGAUAGUUCCUCAUUCACUGCCCCUCCCCUUUGCAGCAACACUAAACGCGGACUCGUUUGUGCUGUUUACCAUGCUUCUACCAUGUUUACAUUAAGAUUUCCAUCAUUUGUACCAUACCAGAUUUUGUGCUUUACUGCACUUUUUUCCUCUGUCCCCUGCAUCAAGAAAGCAGGAAGGUGUGGCACACAGGGAGCUGAUUUUAAAGGAUCAUUUGCACCUCAAUAAAGAGGCAAGCCCUACAACAGUACUGCAACCUCAUUGCAGGCCAUAAAAAGAAAACUUUUUACUGCUAAAAACAUAGAAUUUAGAGAUUGUAAGUGAUUGUUUACUGUCUUACAGUGUGAUGUGUGAGAGUCUAUACUGCAUGUUUGACUGUCCCUUUAAAAGAUUUGCUAGGGUCCCCAUGUGGGUCUUCUGUGCAUCUAAAGCAGGAUCUGUAUCUUGGAUUGCUGCAGGAGGAAUGGUAGUCGUUGUGGAAAAUAAUAACACCUGGCUACAGCUUGGGCUCCAAACUCCUGACGUUUAUUUUCCUAAAAAGCACCUGUGGGUAAGAACUCCUGUGCCCAAUAAUAAAUAAAGAUGACCUGCUUAAAAGCAAA